UUCCAAAAAGUCUCCCCAGUGCUUCAACUGAAAUACUCAAAGGAAAAAAAAAGAGUAGAUACUAACUGAAAGCAAUCAAACGUUUUUGGUCUAUGCAACCAAAACAGUUCAUGUUCAGAGCACUUCGUCCAUCACGUCUACCGUUAGUCAGUCAACCUCUCUCUAGAUCUCGUGCAAAUCCUCCAUAUGAGGCUUCCUGAGAAGAAAAAAAAAUCCGCAUCAGGGAAAAAAUAAUUCCUUAUGAUUCCUUGGUCGACAAGACUUCCCCAAUAACCGAUCUCCAAUGGCAUCUCUAACAUGAACAUCGCCACACACAGCUUUCGCUGUAAUAAUUCUUUUUUCCUUUUCGUUGACUUUGACAAAAGUGAAAGACCUCGAGCUUUAUUAUGAAGAACCGAUUCCCCACCUUUUGUUCUUCUUCCCCUUCUCGAGAGAUAUUAUGAAGCCGGAGAAGCAGAGGACUCGAGGAGCCCCGCGCAGUAAGAGACUCUCCUUGUCUAGGCUCUUCUGUUUCAACGCCUCUCAGGUCAACGACUCCGAUGCGCCGACGCGCACCCCUGACCGCGAGAGGUCGUCGUGGUCCGCCUGUUUCAUGGCCGGGGAGGCGAGGAAGAGGAAGAAAACGAAGAAAGAGGUUCCGGUUCACUCUCCGGCCAAACCCUCGGCCCCGUCCAGGCCGGCUCGGGCCGUCGAGGAGAGCCGGCCUAACAAGUCCGACCGCGAGAGGUCGUCGUGGUCCGCCUGUUUCAUGGUCGGGGAGGCGCGGAAGAGGAAGAGGAAGGGUAAAGAGGUUCCGGUUCACUCUCCGGCCAAACCCUCGGCCCCGUCCAGGCCGGCUCGGGCCGUCGAGGAGAGCCUUCCUAACAAGUCUUCCGGCAAGCAGCGAGGCACAGAGGAUAAUAACAACAAUGCCAAGAAUAAAGCGGCCUCAUCAAGUAGGGAAGCUUCAAAGUUCGAUGAGGAUCUUAACAUUGGGCAACAACAUCUCGAAUUGCAAACUAAAAGAAAAGAUUAUAGCAACGUAGCACAAGCUUCAUUUGUUCAAAGUUUGUAUCCAAUUCCAACUAGGCUCAAGGACAAUGAGCCAAGGCCAUAUAAGAUUGUGAGUCAGUCGCGGAAGCUUGGAUCAUCGGUCGGAGUUGGAAUCAUGACGAUCACUUUGGCUAUUUUGGUAUUUGUAGGGCGCGGAAGUGCCAUAAUUUGCCUUUGCUCAUGUUUAUAUAUAUCACAACUAGUGAAAGCCUCACAACCAAAUGAUGAAGAAAAAAUUGCACCAAAGAAAAUUCAUAUAGACUCAGCUGAAUAUAAAAAGAAAGUAAUGUUAGAAGGUUUUCUCGAGAGGAAUGGUGGAAGGCCAAAAAGAUGAUAUGUUUUUAUUUUAUUUUAUCUUAUUUUUCAUAUGUUUGUUUACA